CAACACUGAUAAUAAGUCUAUGUUGGAUUGACGUUUAAACUUGUUUUGUAUAUUUGUGAUUUAAAAAUAAGUUGUCGGUGUUAUUAAUUAUUAUUGUACUAUUUUAAAGCGAAUUCAGAUUGCAUAUACAAUAAAUUGAGGUUUACUUUAUCCUAUGAUAUUGAUCUCCAGAAAUUUCCCAAGGUCCACUCUCAAUUUUAGGUUAAGGGAGCCUCAUUGCCCCAUGCAACUUUUUGAAUUAUUUUAAAACAAAUCAUGGCAGAUUCAGAUAAUUCAGUAAAUCCUAUAAUGACAGAAGUCGCAAACCUCAUAAAAAAUUGGGAAAAUGAAAAUGGAAGACCUAAUUAUGAUCCUUUGAAAACAAUCAUAAGGUUAGCAGAAAUUAUCGAAAUGGAGACUGAAAACUAUAUGAAAAUGGAUCCAGACCCAUUUGAUGAAAGGCACCCUUCAAGAAUUGAUCCAGAUUGCAAACUUGGUCAAAUUUUAAAAGCAUUAUUUAAAAAAGAUAACUUCAUGAAUAAACUGGUUAAUGACUAUAUGAGGGACACCUAUUAUAGUAGACUUGCCAUUACGAGAGAUGUCACCCCUUUGAAUAUAGCAUCUUGUCGACUUAUGUUAGAUAUAAUGCCAGGACUUGAAACUUCAGUCGUAUUUGAACCUAAUGAACAAAAUCUAGUUUUACGUUUAAUUAAGUGGACAACAUCAUCAGCAGAACCUCUUCAAAGUUAUGCUACUGGUCUUUUAGCUGCUGCGUUGGAACUUCCUGAAGUUGCUAGGCAUUAUAGGGAGCACAAUUCCAGACUGACGCCUAUUUGCAUUCAAAGACUACAAAAGUUACAGGUUGCCUCUAAAUUUACAUCUCCCAAGGUACCCUCUUCCAAUAACAGACCAUUUGCUCAUUUAUCUUCAGUUUCUUCCAGCACUGGCUGUAAUAAAGAGAAGAUAAAUGGGACACCAACGAGCAGAAAAAUUAGGCAAAAUGGCAGUACUAAAAAUCUGAGUUUUCAUGAUGAUGAGAAUGAUGCAGAUGCCAAUAGUUCUAGAACUGAAAAACGUAAAAAAACCAAAACGAACCCUGAGACAGUAGCUACACAAAUCUUAUCAGAAUCCCCAAGUAAACAUGGCAUGUUUUCUGAUGCUAGUAACUCUUCAUGGGCAGAACUUGAGAGUUAUAUGAUAGGAAGCGUUCAAAUGCAUCCACUUACCCCAAUUACACAACAAAUACUUCUAUUAAGAUUCUUAACACCAAUGGGCGAGUAUCAAGAGUUUUUGCCUUAUGUCUUCGAGAAUAAUGCUCUUGGUAUUGUGCUCAACUAUUUGAAUAUAAGGGAAACUAAAGAAGCCCGACUAGCUUUUGAAGCAUUGAAGUAUUUAGCCGCAUUAUUAUGUCAUAAAAAAUUUUGUGUUGAAUUCAUACAGAGUGGAGGUCUAGAAGUGAUACUUGAUGUGCCCAGGCCAUCUAUAGCAGCAACGGGAGUAUCAAUUUGUAUUUAUUAUUUAGGUUAUUGUGAUGAGGCUAUGGAAAGACUGUGUUUGCUUCCCAAAUAUGUCAUCAGUAAUUUAGUGAAUUAUUCCCUGUGGCUCUUGGAAUGUUCUCACGAUUCAGGUAGAUGUCAUGCUAUAAUGUUUUUCGGACUGACCUUCAAGUUUAGAGCCAUUUUGGAGGAAUUUGAUGCACAAGAUGGCUUGCGAAAAUUACACAAUGUGAUUUCGACUCUUCCAAUCUUACUACCCGAAGCAGACACUGGACAAAUGAACGAAGACCAAGAAUGUUCUGCUAGACAAGUUGUACGACAUGUUUGCGUUGCAUAUAGAAGAUAUCUUGAGGCUCAACUCUAUGUGAAAUAUGAAAUAAUUACUCGGUCUCAGAUAAGACCUAACUCUCAACCAGUUCUCCAGAGUCAACCAAGUUAUAAGGCUUGCAAACAAUCACCAGAGGAAGUACAAGAGCAAAUCGAAACUUUACUUCAACACAUGCCAUUCAGGGGUCAUUGGGGACCUGUCGACCAGUUACUCAAGUUGGGUUGCAUCAAUCUUCUCUUGAAGAUAAUUGCUUUUGCAUAUGAGUGGAACUAUAGCGGGAGAGCUGAAACUGUACGUUCGGCAUUGGAUGUGCUGGCAAUAGCUUGCGUUCUUCCUAAAGUACAGUUAUUAUUUUGUGAACGAGUGGACUUACCAGAUGAUCAUCUCACUGUGGGUAUGAAUAUAAUCUUAGGGGCAGCUGAAGGAGAAAUUGUAGCUGAUGCAGAUGUUCAAAAAGCAGCAUUAAGGGUUAUAGUGAAUUGUGUUUGUGGCCCAGUGCAUAGGAUCGGUGGUAUGACCAGGUUUACAAAUAAUCCGCAUUCUCCUAGUAAGAAAUUAAAACUGAAAAGUUCAGAGGAUUUGAUUCAGAAAGUGUGGGAUUGUGUUAGGUCUAAUAGCGGAAUAAUGGUUCUAUUAACAUUAAUGAAUGUGAAGACGCCUAUCACAGAUGCAGAUUCUAUUAGAACUCUUGCGUGUAAAGCGUUGGCGGGGUUAGCCAGAUCGGAGACUGUCAAACAAAUUAUUUCAAAACUACCCUUAAUUACCAGUGGACAACUCCAAAAUUUGAUCAGGGACCCCAUUCUACAAGAAAAGCGUCAAGAACAUGUAUCUUUCCAAAAAUAUGCGUUAGAAUUGUUGGAGAGACUUUCUGGAAAUGCGAAACAAACUGGCAAAGAUUUGGAAAUAUCACUUGCUAAUAUACAUAGGGCUAACGUUGUUGCACAGACGAAAAUACAGUUCAACGAGGAACAAUUAUUACAGUUGAUGCAUCAGCAUCUUGUGGCGAAAGGAUUAUCGGAAACAGCCUCCCAGUUAGUGAAGGAAGCGAAUUUGAGUCAUGCCUUAGCAAGUAAUAUGCCAAAAUUCAAAUAUUCUUCCACAUUGACUCCAGUCAGGAAUCGCAGUGCGUUUUCAUCUCCAAGAAAUUUAUCGAUAAACAUGAACGCGGAAAAUGCUAAUAAUACAUCGACCCCACAAAUCAAAAUAAUCAAGAAAAAUCAGAAUGCUAUCGUUAACAACCCAGUGCAUAAUUCAAGAUUAGAAAAACCAAUCAGUAAUGAACUUACACCACACAGGAGUUUGUUGGAAGAACAUUUCUGCACUCAGGAAACGCCAAGAGUGACGCUCACCUCAAUCAUUACAGAGUAUCUCACUAAUCAACAUGCCCUAUGCAAGAAUCCAAUGGCUACAUGUCCUCAAUUUAAUCUUUUUGUUCCCCAUAAAUGUCCCGAUCCAAAACCAAGGAUAGCAGCUGCCAAUAAUAUGGUUUUAAGAUGUGCUCGACGAGCUAUAGGUUACCACUCAAGAACUAUGGAUAGAAAAUUUAUCCACUCCAGAUUUUGUCCUGUCCAAACAAUAAGAUCUGUAAGCGAAGAAGGAUUCUUCACCUCAGUCAGAUUUUUGCCUGGUGGUAGAAAUUUACUCGUUGGUGAUUACUAUGGAGAGAUUCAUAACUUUAAUCGUUAUUCCGGGAAUGUGGUCUCUAGUUUUAAUGCCCAUGAAAAUUAUAUUACCAAUAUGGAACCAAGUAGAGACGGUGAAUUGUUAUUAACAAGUUCUGUAUACAACACUUGGGGAAAACCUAUUUCAGCUUUGUGGAAGUUUGAAGGAUACCAAUCAAAAUGGACCUUUGAAGAGGAAGAACAUGUGGAGUUUGCCAAAGUUGUUCAAGAUAAAAUCUUGGGGACAAAAGGAGAAGUUGCAUCUAUAUACGAUGUCCACACUGGCCAUAUGGUUUCGAAAUUUGUCCCAACCGUGGGAAACCAAUAUACAAAGAACAAAGCAACUUUCAGUCUUCAAGAUGAUCUAAUUUUAUCCGAUGGCGUCCUUUUCGAUGUGAAUUCAGGAAAGCAAAUACACAAAUUGGACAAAUUGAAUCAAAUGCAAAGCGGAGUAUUUCAUCCAAAUGGCUUAGAAAUUGUUUCCAACAGUGAAGUUUGGGAUAUGAGAACUUUCCAUCUAUUGAGAACAGUACCUGCUCUGAAUCAGUGCACUGUUAUUUUCUCAGGUGUCAACAAUGUCAUUUACGCAUCUGUUUUGGAACAAGAAUUAGACGAUGAAGAUCUUAAAUAUGAUACAAGCUUCAAAACGUUAGAUGCAAUUGAUUAUUCCAGCAUAGCUACCAUUGAUGUCAAGAAAAACAUCUAUGAUUUGGCGGUGAAUCAUUGCGAUAGUCAAUUAGCUCUUGUUGAAAAUCAAGGAGUAUAUCAAUCGGUCCAAGAAUCUGUUGUCAGAGUUUAUGAUGUAGGCCGAACAAGGGAGGAUAUUGAUGAAGAACAAGAUGAAGACGAAGAAGAUGAAGAUAUGGAUGCAAGCGAUGAAGACGGUUCGGACAAUGGUGAUGAAAUUUGUCGUUUUUUAGACUCCGUUCUACAAGAAGUGGUUGAUUUUAACAAUGAUCAUUCUAACAAUGAGGAUGAUGAUGGCAAUGGUAGCGAUAGUGGAUCAGACAGUUGGACAAGCCUCUCAUCAAAUGACUCGGAUAGUGGGGAGUCUAUGAUAGACGAUGUGUUACUAUUUUAAUCGAUCUAAAAGUUUAAAUAUGGAAUUUUGUGAUAAAAGCUGUCUCUUCAUAACUUCUUAUGGUUCGAAAUGAUUUUAUGUUUGUGGCAGAAUUAUUGCAGUGCAAUUUCUUCGUGUACUGUGGAGAUAAAUAAGAUAACCUGUAUAUGUAAUUUAUUCUAUCACAUAAAACAUCAAGACGUAAAUUGAAUUGUUGAUUAAAUGUUUUUUUUUUAUAAUUGUACACCUAGAUAUUAAUCACAAAAAUUGCAGGGAAUUGGGCGAGACAUAUAUCUGUACAUUUUUUUUUCAAUUGUAAAACUGUAUAUACCAAAUUCUGAAGACAAAGGCUUUAUUUUU